UUCACAAGAUUAUCAAAGGAGUCAGGGUCCCAAGAAAAGGUGGGGAGCACUGGGCAGUAGUAAGUUCCUGUUGGGAAGCCCCCCACCUGGAGAACCUUCACCAUAAAACCGCAUCCUAUUAUAAGCACCUCUUUCUGUGUCUGGCAGAGCCUUCAACGAUGUGUUACAAAUGUAAAAAAUACCAUCUCGGGAUAUGCUAUGAAGCCAUGAGGUCCUGCACCCUGAAGUACAGACAGACAUGUGCUGUUGAAAACAUUUACUUCCUUACCAGAAAAGGGCGGAGUAUGUAUUUUUAUUCAAAACUGUCCUGUAAGGCCAACUGUGAGGACAUCAACUUCUUAAGUUUUGAGAAGAGAACAGAGCUCAUCUGUUGCAAACAUAAAAGCUACUGCAACCUCCCCGAAGGUGUCUAGUUCUGCAUCUCUUCUGGAGUUUUGAUUAUUCUUCAACUCACUAUCCCCUUUAUGUUUUUUUGCCAAACCUAUAUUUUGUUCUCCUCUUCUAACCAGUGGCAGGGAGUGAGAAAAUCAGCAAGUAGUUAAAAGAGGAGCCAUCAUUAAUGAUGGAGCCCCAGACAGAAUUUUUGCAAAUCCCUAUUUACAAGGUUUUGGGUUUUUUAUGAUGGUACUGCCAUGGAUAUUGUUGAGAUUUCAGUUGGUUAUUCCUUAUGUCCUAUAUGGAAAAGCAA